CGUUACGUUCGCGACAAUUUCAGACAAGAAAGACAUUCUGAAGCACUUACGAGACGAUGACUUUCCUUAGCUGCCGUGUCUGGCCCUGUGCAUGACAUCAGUCGUUCUCUCUCUCUCUGGGCUUGCUCGUGACUGCGGGAGCGCGCAGGAUGCAAUCACAUCAGCUGCGGCGACGCGCAGGCAUUGCCAAGGUCAGGAAGCUGGCUCCCAUUUGUCAUAGAUGGAAGGAAAAGCUAGGAACAACAGCUACACCACAGAAGUUAUGGGAGAAACCAAUGAGGACAAAAUGAAACAAAAACAGUCUGCUUUUGAUUAAAUGUCAAACUGGUGACUUAACUUGUUGUUUUGGCAGCUUUUUCCCCACUUUAGCUCCUGCCCAGGACUCCAUCAGAGAGUUUGGACUAAUCAAAGGCACUUGUACGUAAGGAGUGUUGGACUCUGAAGGGACUGAGCCAGUUCGGGCCAGCCUGCUUCUCUUUCUCUCCUUCUCCAUUUCUCUUCCCUCUCACUCUCCCUUCCUGCCCUGUCUCAGGAGCGUAAGAUUUGGGAAAUUCCUUCAAGCUACUUUAUUUCAGGUUUCUGUGGGAUUUAAACAUGCACACUGAGGUUUUUCUGCAGUCAAUGCUAGUGCCGUCGUUUCUGAUCCUGCUCUCUACCGUUGAGGACACUUUGCUACAGUCGGUAAGCCAGGUGGGUGAGGUGUGUAGGCUGUCCCAAGAGUCAUCAUUGCGCCGCUGCAGGACACCAGAUGGAAAAAUCUGCAGCGGCAGGGGCAAAUGUGACUGUGGAAUCUGCAUGUGUGAAGCCACAGGCCCAGGGAAGUUCUAUGGUCCUCGCUGUGAGUGCCAUGACUGGGUCUGCGCCACACAUAAUGGGCAAAUUUGCAAUGACCGUGGCUACUGUGACUGUGGGAUGUGUGAGUGUGACGAAGGCUGGUUUGGAGAGGCUUGCCAGUUUCAGGAGGAGUGUAGCCUAUUAAGCAAGAAGAGCAGAGAGCUGUGCAAAAAUCAACAGGGGGUGGUCUGCUCCAACAGAGGGACCUGUCAAUGUGGGAGCUGCGUGUGUGACCAAAAUGACGACAAGGGCUUAGUGACGGGACGCUUCUGUGAAUGUGAUGACGGCGAAUGUCUGGAUGAAGACACGGGAGAGGUUUGUGGAGGCCAUGGCCAGUGUUACUGUGGAAACUGUUACUGUGCUGCUGGUUGGCAUGGAGACAAAUGUGAGUUCCAGUGUGACAUCAACCCAUGGGAAAGCAAGCGGAAAUGCACAUCUCCAGAUGGCAAAAUCUGCAGCAACAGAGGUACCUGUGUGUGUGGGGAAUGUACCUGCCAUGAUGUAGAUCCCUCUGGCGACUGGGGGGACAUUCAUGGAGACACCUGUGAGUGCGAUGAGAGGAACUGUCACGCGACGUACGACCGAUACACUGAUGACUUCUGCUCAGGUCAUGGUCAGUGUAACUGUGGCAGGUGUGACUGCAAGGAUGGAUGGACAGGGAAGAAGUGUGAGCACCCUCUCAGUUGCUCACUGUCUUUGGAUAGCAGCCUGAAGAAAUGUAGAGGAACUUCAAAACUACCCUGCAAUGGACGAGGGCAGUGUGUUUGUGGACAGUGUAUUUGCCAUCCACCUGAGGAGAGUCGCAUUCAUGGGAAAAACUGCGAGUGUGAUGACCGUCAGUGUGAGGACAUGAAGGGAGAGGUCUGUGGAGGUCACGGUUACUGUUCAUGUGGACGGUGCAUCUGUGAGGAAGGCUGGUUCGGGAAUCUGUGCCAGUUUCCCAGGUCUUGCGACAUGAGUGAUGCCCAGAGCAAGGAACUCUGCGAGACAGACGAUGGAGUCAUUUGCAGUGGAAAAGGUUCGUGUCACUGUGGCCAGUGCAUUUGCUCUCGCCAAGAAUGGUGGGUGUCAGGAGAGCACUGCGAGUGCGACGACCGAGAGUGUGACAAACAUGAUGGCCUCAUCUGCACAGGCAACGGUGUUUGCAGUUGCGGCAACUGUGAUUGCUGGGAAGGGUGGACGGGAAAUGCCUGCGAAAUUUGGGUAGGAGCCGAGUACUGAGGAGAACAUUAAGCUGGGGUCAAAAACUCGAGCUUCCAAAUGUCCCGAUACACCAGGAGGACCGUCAGCAUUCAGGACCAGACAGCACAUCGAGAGAAGACUCAACAUUGAUGUAAAUCUGCAUAACACUAAUAUAAUGUACUAAUAUUGCUCUGUCUUCAAUUGUACUGGUUACAAAGUAUGCUUAUUAAAACUGUCUAUUGUUUUAAAA